GAAUAUUUCCCCUUUCAGUCUCUGUGGGGAGCAGGCUUGGCUACUAACUCUAUACUAGACAAUUCAGUUAUGUAUAAACGUUUCAGAAACAAUGCAAAAUUGGACUGCAGAAACAUUAAACGACAGCCAGAGCUUUGGAAGUUUUGGCAAAUCUUGGGAAAAAGUACCACAUCCUUAUGAUUGUUGUUCACAACCAUUUGGGAAGCCUAAUCUCAGCUUUUAUCAGACAAUCACAAGACCGCUGAAGAAAUGUAAUAUUUUAUUUAAGAAUUUUCUUAAGGGACCCUCUCGGAUUUCCACCGUAGAAACAAGCCAGUCUCCAUCUCUGGAUGAGUGUAAAGCCAUAAUCAGAGAACUGGCCACCGAGCUACAUCGGAUAUCAAAGUAUCAAGCUAAUUUCACCACCAGCCACGAGGAUGGCUACAGCCUGGCAGAGUGUCAACAGUUCAUCCUACAAUGGGCAGAGGAGUUGAGCAUCUUACCAAAGAUAUCCGUGGGGCAAAGCAGGAGCUCACCAAAGCCCCUGCGUUCCUGCUGGGAGGACUAUGAGGUAGAGGAGAGAACAUCUCCAAAAGAGGCUGAGAGAAGACUGGCAGAAGCUCAGCGCAUCGUCUCAGAAUGGGCUGCAGGACUGCAAUCACGAAAACAGGACUCAGUGUGUCCAGGAGAGGAUGUGUGUUCAGUCCUGCAGGAUCUGGAGGGACAGUGGAAGAGAGGGAAACUACCCAACAUGCUCCCUGUUAUGGACUUCAUCAUCUGGACUGUGUUACAGGAACAACCUCAAGAGGGCUCCAUCCCAGAGCUGUGGCUCAAAUCCAAGCAGAGGUUCAAACACUCAGCCUUCACCACAGUGAUUCCUGAACCAGUAUGGGACUGGAUAAGCAAAGCAUCAGUUGACAUCCUCUUGGACCCUGAAUCAGCCAAUCCAGAUUUCAUAGUGUCCAACAAUCAGAAACGUGUGAGAGUGGGCAAAAUAAUAGAGAGUGAACAUGAUCCUAGAGACGGAUACCGUCACUGCCUCGCAUCUCCCAAGUAUGACGGGUGGUGGUGUGCACUGGGAACACAGGGCUUUACAAAGGGUAGACAUUACUGGGAGGUGGGGGUGGACGGGAAGACAGACUGGAGGAUAGGGAUAGCUAGGGAGUCUGCACCAAGAAAAGGCUUCAUUGAACUGAACACAUCAACAGGUUACUGGACACUACGGAUGCAGGUCAGUGGGCUGAAGGCUCUAAGUGUUCCGGCUGUUGAUAUCAAGAUUCCAGAACAUCUCAAGAAGAUUGGGGUCUACCUUGACAUUGAGGAGGGGCAGCUCUCCUUUUAUGACGUUGUGAGACGCAGCCAUAUCUACACCUUCAAUGACACGUUUUCUGAACAGGUUUAUCCAGUCUUUGGCACAGUAGAGACAGACAGAGACCUUAUCAUACUGUAGUACACAGCUAAAUGGAAAAGAAAAGUCACAGAAGACAACCGUAGACCACCCUAUACCACCCUAUACCACCCUAGACCACAGGCCAUCAUGUGAUGACAUCCACAUAUUUUUAACAUUGACAUUUUGGGGGAAAUUACUCUGCCCACGAUGGCACCAAUUAUGCCAACAAAAAAACACAGCUAAUUCCCAUACAUGACACGGUGUAUAUAAUAUUCAGUAACUUCGUUCUGUUCUCUUCCAUCGCCAAAACACAGCUAAUUCCCAUACAUGACAUGGUGUAUAUAAUAUUCAGUAACUUCGUUCUGUUCUCACAGCAGGUCGAUGGUAAUCCAUAAUGGUGACCAUUUAUUAUCCUUUAUCCAGUUAGAAAUCAGCUGUUUGCUAGAGUCUAUCUUUCUAAAGAGUUGUCUGCAUUAUGAUUAAUGAAGCCAGAUGUAUCUUUCUUUAUGACUUGGGAAGCUUUACUUUGUGAAUUUGAAUGAUAAUGUGACAUUGAGGAAGUAUGAAAAAAUAUAAAUAAUUACUGUAGCUACCCUCAAUGAGUUUGUACAGCACUGAAGCUACAGAAGAUAAAAAAUAUAUGUUUAUUCUUUGCACUUUGCAAUUUCUGUUAUUCUUUCAAGUAUGGAAUAAACAGAGCAUAUUUUAGUAUCGUG